CAGGCAUCGGUGUACAUGAUGUGUUUUCAGAAAUGAAACCAAAUGUCGCCUCAGACUCAAAAAGAAACACGAAAACAAAACCUAGACGUCUUCUAAAAAAGGGCUCGGCAAUUCUCCUUGACGAUUAGACCGCCUGCCGUUGACGUGUCAAAGGGUGAAAUGUAAACGGCAAUCCCCUAACGUGUAAUAAUCCUGGAAUGGAGCUAAUCUAUGUUUGGUCAACAAAGGUGGGCCAUUUUCUUGUAUGUAGGCCUAAAUACGUGUAGCCGAAUCAUUUUCCAGGUAAGCUAUUUGCUGAGGACUCGAAGAUGCAACAAUGUUUACACGUACAUGUAGAUUAUAGCAUAGGAGGAGGCUGCGUGUCAUUGUCGCCUUUCAAAAGACAAGCUGGAUCAGGAAUUCCCAUUGUAUAUAAAUUAAAGCCUCGCUGCGCACGUUGGUCGAAAAUCAUUAAUACACUUGGUUUUUGACGCUCACAAUUUGUCAGGGGAGUAAAAUUAGAGCCGUAGGCUAUAAUGUGGUUUAAAACGCUGUCUGUCUCAAUGUCUGUGGUUGUGAUUCCGCUCGAGUCGCAGAGCACGUUUCGCAACACUGUCCAUUGUGUCAGCAGCGUUCUGCCAGUGACAUGUCUAAAUUGGCCAACAUGAUUAACGAUGGCUGUUGUAUACUAGGCAAACGGUCAUGGAACUUUCGUGGUAUUAUGGCCUAUUAUUUGCUGCAAGAAUUGCUUUUGUGUGCCUAUAUCCACACCUGUCAGUUGUCUGUCUGUCGUGUCUUUCAAGCAUUGCUACAUCCGGGUUCCAAGUGAUGGAUGGAGCACAGCUAGGGGCUUGAUUGCUGGGGUUAACUGAAGCUGUGGUUACCAUGGCGGCACACUUUGACACAGAGUACCAGCGCCUAGAGGCUUCAUACAGUGACUCUCCACCCGGAGAGGAGAACCUACUGGUGCACAUACCUGAUGGAAACAAGUCCCCGUGGCACCACAUAGAGAACCUGGACCUGUUCUUCCAGAGGGUCUAUAACCUGCACCAGAAGAAUGGCUUCACUUGUAUGCUGCUGGGAGAGGUCUUUGAGCUGGUCCAGUUGCUGUUUGUGGUAGGAUUCACAGUCUUCUUGGCUAACUGUGUGGACUAUGACAUUCUGUUCGCUAACAAGUUUGUCAACCACACCGACUCCUCCAAAGUCACACUGCCUGACGCCUUCCUGCCUGUGGACGUCUGCGGUGCAAGUAUCCGUGACAAUGUGGCAGUGAUGUUUGUGUUGAUGAUAUCUGGAGUGUUCUGGCUGCAUCGCCUCAUCAAGUUCAUCUACAACGUCUGCUGCUACUGGGAGAUACGCUCCUUUUACACCAACGCACUCAAGAUGAGCAUGGCAGAGCUGCCAUACUUCACAUGGCAGGAGGUUCAGGCCCGGAUCGUUGAGAUCCAGAAGGAACACCAGAUCUGUAUCCACAAGAAAGAACUCACAGAACUGGACAUAUACCACCGUAUCCUGCGCUUCAAAAACUACAUGGUUGCCAUGGUAAAUAAGUCCCUCCUUCCCGUGCGUUUCCGCCCUCCACUGCUCGGGGAGAGUGUGUUUUACACCCGCGGCCUCAAGUACAACUUUGAACUCAUCUUCUUCUGGGGGCCAGGCUCUCUGUUUGAGAGUGAGUGGAGUUUGAAGCCGCAGUAUAAGAGAGGUGGUAACAGGUUGGAGCUGGCAGACAAACUGGCAUCACGUAUACUGUGGAUCGGCAUCGCCAACCUCUUACUCUGUCCUGUCGUACUGGUCUGGCAAAUACUGUAUGCCUUCUUCAGCUAUACAGAGGUGAUAAAGCGUGAGCCAGGUAGUUUGGGAGCGAGGUGUUGGUCUCUGUACGGUCGAUGUUACCUUCGCCACUUCAAUGAGCUGGACCACGAACUGAUGUCACGGCUCAGCAAGGGCUACAAAGCGUCCUCUAGGUAUAUGAACUGCUUCCUGUCCCCGUUGCUGACGGUGGUGGCUAAGAACGUGGCCUUUUUUGCUGGCUCCCUAUUGGCUGUCCUCAUUGCGCUGACCAUCUACGACGAAGACGUCCUCGCCGUGGAACACGUCCUGUCGUCCAUCACCCUGCUGGGAGUGUGUAUCACUGUCUGCAGGUCUUUUAUCCCAGACAAACACCUGGUCUACUGUCCAGAGCAGCUGCUCAGGUUGAUCCUGGCUCACAUCCACUACAUGCCAGACCACUGGCAGGGCAACGCCCAUCGCUACGAGACACGAGACCAGUUCUCACAGCUCUUCCAGUACAAGGCUGUGUUUAUCCUAGAGGAGCUGACCAGCCCCCUGGUGACUCCCUUCAUCCUGAUCUUCAGUCUGAGGAGGAAGUCUCUGGAGAUCAUUGACUUCUUCAGGAACUUCACCGUGGAGGUGGUAGGGGUGGGAGACACCUGCUCCUUCGCUCAGAUGGACAUCAGACAGCACGGUCACCCCGCGUGGAUGUCUGAGGGGAAGACAGAGGCAUCUAUUUACCAACAGGCGGAGGAUGGGAAGACUGAGCUGUCCCUGAUGCAUUUUGCCAUCACCAACCCCCAGUGGCAGCCCCCCACCGAGACCACUCACUUCAUCAGCCAGCUGAAGGAGAGAGUACAGAGAGAGACUACAGGAGACAGACAGACUCUCACCUCACUGUCGGGGUCAGAGCCAAGGAGUCUCAUAGCUAACUUCCUGGCAGGUCCUCCCUCAUUGGCCUCUCUUCAUCUGGGGCGGGACGGCUCCUUGACCGAUCACGGGCCGGUGGGUGUUAAUGACGGAGCGUCAGCCUUGCGCUCCCUCUCAGUCAGCAGCACGAGGGGCAGCUGUAGCUCCGCCCAUAGGUCGGCCGGACACGCCUCUUUUGCAAGCAGAGCCAUGCCGGGAUCAAGUACUGAUGCUCGAACUGCUAGUUCAGGCAGUAGUGUGUGGGAAGGUCAACUGACUAGUCUCGUCCUAUCAGAAUACGCCUCCACGGAGAUGAGCAUCCACGCACUCUAUAUACAUGAGCUCCAUAAGCAGCAGUCUGGAGGGGAAUUGUCCCGGCACACCUGGCAUAGGCAGGACAGUGACGACAGUAGUGACAGCGUCACCGAGGAGGGGGGUUCAGGGGGAGGGAACCCUAACCCCCGAAACCUCAUCCCCCGCUCACACACCUUCCCUAUCUCCACCCCUAUCUCCACCCCUGGCCCUAUCCCCAGCUCUAACUCGGGCCCUAACCCUGACCGAGGUCCCACCCCGGGACAGGAAGUGACACCACUCCAGAGCAACAGCCAGCGUCGCUACGGGGGAAACACAGACUCUGUUGGCCCGGGGGGCAGAGUGGUGAGGUCAGAGCGUGUGCCCAUGGGGGGUUGGGCAGAGCAGGGACGUGGAGGCCGACACCCCGACACUGUACCUGAGGAGGGCUCAGAGGACGACAUGCCUCCCAACACUCACAAGGUGACGUAACUGACCAGAGAGAUCCCACCUACCUACCCACCCUCAUCCUCAUCCUACCAGAGAAGAACCUUCUGCUCAUCUGUGAACUUUCGACCAUGGCUUCUCCUUUGACCCCAGAUGGAUAGACCUGUGGGAUAGCAGCAUGCCAUGUUAUUCACUCUAGGCUAGAGAAAAACAAUCGAGUAACAGUGUGAAGAUGACAAGGACUUUUUCUUGACACCCUCCUUGGAUGACACUUUAGCCAAUCAAGUGACGGUGGUUGAUGACUUCAUCAUAACUGACAGCAUGGAACCCGUAGCAUAUUUAUCGGCUUUUAUAGUUGCGUCCUAGACACUAAUCUAAGGUCAGCUUUAUGGUUUCUCUCCGUAACGGUUAAGGUUAGGAUUUAGGGAGGGUAAGCUGAUCCUAGAUCUGUGCCUAAGGGCAACUUCUAUCCAGAAAUGACUUUUUCUUCUUGCAUUCAUUUGCAAAUCAGGUGUGGGUGUAAACUGCCAGUAAUGUACCUUUUUAAAAAAAAGAUUUAGUAGUUUGUCAUUUUUAAAUUCUUUGUUUUUUCUCUUUGUUGUUUAUAUUUAUUGCACUUUCAGAGAAAAAUUGUGU